CGCGGUGCCCCGCCCUCACCGGGCUCUGAGUGCUCUUGCCCGUCCGGCCCCAGCCGCGGCCCGGGAAUCUACGUCAGCCGAAAAGCUACUAUAAACGCCCGCGCCUCCGUCCCCAGCCGCGGCUCGGGAAUCUACGUCACCCGAAGAGUGGCUAUAAACGUCCGCGCCUCCUUUGCGCUCCCUUCUUCACUUAGGACACUGGGCCUCCCACGCCUGACACCGACGUCGCCAGGACCGCGGGGUUGGGGGAACUUGGCUGUCCCACGUCUUUCAAAUAAAGCUGUUUUGUCUAACUCACUGCGUGCGGGUGUUCUUGGGGCCCCGACUCGCCUAUCAGCCUGGCAAGUGCAUAUGUUCACGUCGUGGCGGGGAGAACCCUAGCGAGAUGCCUCCUCGUCUUUCCUGGCUUUGGACACAAGGGUAGGAUAUGGGAGGUUGGCAGGUGACGUGUAAGGUCCGACGCCUCUUAAGUGGAGGAGCCAGACUGCGAACAGUCUUGUGGCCAUGCUCGUCUCAAGUGAACUACGCUGGCAGGUAAAAUGCCUUAGUCCAAAGGGCUCCAGGUGGGGCCAGCAGAGCACUAGCAAGGAUGGGAAGCUCAGAGGCUUCCAGUGGCUUCCUUGUGAGACCAGGUGAGAUUCUAAAGGAUUUGACCAACUAGGCCUAGAUGAACUCAGCGCCCCCGUGGUGCUAGGCUGGAGUGGAUCAGACACCUGGUUUGGGAGGCUGGGCCCCCUGCUCUGGGGCGGCAGGUUACCUGGGAGUUUAGUUCUCACUGCCGUGGAGCUAGCACCUGAGUAUCAGAUCCUAAGUGAAGACCCCCAGUGAGUCAAUGCCUAAAACCCCUAAGCCUUAGGAUCUCCAGCCACCUGGGCCGCACUAUUGGAGAGAAGAGGGUGGCAAUCCCUGUGAUCCCACUGAAGCCCUGGCCUGGGGGAGACAGCUCCAUGAAGCUUGGUUCUGACCCAGUGCUUCUGGGGAAACGCCGUCAGCCACUCUCAAGCCCCAGGCGCUUCAUAGACCUAUCUCAGGUCAAGAGCUGCUCUCUUUUAUUUUUAUUUUUAUUUUAUUUUAUUUUAUUUUAUUUAUUUUUUUGAGAUGGAGUCUCGCUGUCACCCAGGCUGGAGUGCAGUGGCACCAUCUCAGCUUACUACAACUUCCGCCUCCCGGGUUCAAGCAAUUCUGCCUCAGCCUCCCAAGUAGCUGGGACUACAAGCAACUGCCACCACACUUGGCUAAUUUUCUUGUAUUUUUAGUAGCGAUGGGGUUUCACCAUGUUGGUCAGGCUGGUUCGAACUCCUGACCUUAAGUGAUCUGCCUGCCUCGGCCUCCCAAAGUGUUAGGCUUACAGGCAUAAGCCACUGCAGCUAACUGUAUGGCUUUUUUUUUUAAAGAGGUGGGGUCUCACUGAGUUGCCCAGGCUGGUCUCCUGGGCUCAAGUGAUCCUCCUGCCUUGGCCUCCCAAACUGCUGGGAUUACAGGUGUGAGCCACAGCGCCCGGCUACCUGUGAUCCUUCAGAGAAGGGGGCAAGGGCUGGGCUGUACGGGGUCUCUGGGUCCUGAACCAGGGUUGUGACUGGCUUGAGCUGGACAAUGCUAUUGUGAUGUCAGCCCACAGCCACUGUGAAAUGCAGGCUCUUGAGCUCUGGGGGCCUGUGGAGCUGCUGUCUAGACGCAGAUCAUGGGUGGCGGGUAUGAUCUCAACCUCUUCGCCAGCCCUCCUGACAGCAACUUCGUGUGCUCCGUCUGCCAUGGGGUUCUCAAGAGGCCAGCAAGGUUGCCAUGCAGCCACAUCUUCUGCAAAAAGUGCAUCCUCCGGUGGCUAGCCAGACAAAAGACCUGUCCGUGCUGUAGGAAAGAGGUGAAAAGGAAAAAGAUUGUCCCCAUGAAUAAACUCCGGAAAACCAUUGGCCGCCUGGAAGUCAAGUGCAAGAACGCCGACGCUGGCUGCAUAGUGACGUGCCCCCUGGCCCAUCGCAAGGGGCACCAGGACUCAUGCCCCUUUGAGCUAACGGCCUGCCCCAACGAGGGCUGCACCUCACAGGUGCCGCGUGGGACCCUGGCAGAGCACCGGCAGCAUUGCCAGCAAGGGUCCCAGCAGCACUGCCCCCUGGGCUGCGGGGCCACCCUGGACCCGGCCGAGCGUGCUCCCCACAACUGCUACCGGGAGCUGCACAACGCCUGGAGCGCGUGCCAGGAGCGCCGUCGGCCCCUGCUGCUGUCCCUCCUGCGGCGUGUGCGCUGGCUGCACCAAGCCACCAGUGUCGUUCGCAGAGAGCUGGCGGAGCUCAGCAACUUCCUGGAGGAAGACACCGCUCUGCUGGAGGGUGCCCCACAGGAGGAGGCCGAGGCUGCCCCAGAAGGCAACGUUGGGGCUGAGGUGGUGGGGGAGCCCAGGGCCAACGUACCUUGUAAAUAGAUAAAUAAAAGCGGACCCCAGGCCUGCCUGCCUCUGUGCCUGCGGCCCUCACAACUGUCA